AUGGUUCGCAACUAUAAACGAAAAACAGAUCGUGACAAAUGGAACGAAGAAGAGACGAGAAGAGCAGUAAAUGCUGUUCUUACUGAUAGAAUGGGAUUUCUUCGAGCCUCGGCUACUUACGAUGUUCCGAAGUCGACCUUAGAACGACGAGUAAGAAAAGCUCUUGAAACUUUUAAUGCCGACACUGAUUCUGAUAACGACUGCGGGAAAAAACAUUUGGGACGAUUUAAAACAGUUUUCAUAGUCGAGCAAGAAAAUAAGCUGGCGGAUGAAGAAUGUCUUGUGCAUUUCAAAAUUGUCAACAAAUCUGUUAUCAAUUGUAUGUUAGCCGCACCAGCAUUGGUAAGUGCAGAAUUAUGGCACAAGCGCUUGGCACAUAUCAAUUGUAGCGAUUUAAAUAAAAUGAGAAAUGGCAUCGUAGAAGGAGUGAAUUUUUCUUCUCCAAGUGACAUAAAGAAGGAGAACUGUGUAACAUGUUGCGAAGGCAAACAAACAAGGCUGCCAUUUGCUCAUAGUGAACAUACCAGCUCGGAGACACUUCAAAUAGUCCAUGCAGAUGUUUGUGGACCUAUGGAGAUUAAGUCUAUAAAUGGUUCAAAAUAUUUUUUGAUCUUUGUGGAUGACUACAGCAAGAUGACAUUCAUUUACUUUCUCAAACACAAAAAUGAAGUUUUCCAGAAAUUUAAGGAAUUCAAACCUAUGGUAGAGAACCAACAGAGUAAGAAGAUUAAAGUACUGCGUACUGACAAUGGGGGUGAAUUUUGUAAUGGUGUAAUGGACAACUAUUUGGCAAAUGAAGGAAUAAUUCAUCAAAAGACUACUGCAUACGCCCCAGAACAGAAUGGUGUUUGUGAAAGAGCCAACAGAACUGUAAUAGAAAAGGGACGAUGUUUGUUGUUUGAAGCAAAACUUGACAAGAAAUUUUGGGCAGAAGCUGCGAAUACAGCAGUCUACCUGAAAAAUAGAACUGUUACAUCUAGUUUAGUUAACAAAACACCUUAUGAAAUGUGGAAUCAAAGAAAGCCAGACCUAAGUCACAUACGUCUAUUUGGAAGUCCAGUUAUGGUCCAUGUUCCCAAAGAACAAAGAUUGAAAUGGGAUAAGAAAGCAGAACAGUUUAUACUUGUUGGAUUUUCUGAAAAUGUAAAGGGAUAUCGUGUCUAUGACCCGAAGAGAAACGUUGUCACAUUACAAAGAGAUAUAACAGUGAUGGAAGGAAAGCAAGGUAUAGAAAAUACAGAAGAAGCCGCUAUAUGGAUACAAAAUGAGGAGACUGAAACAACACAAAACAUGAUUCUUUCAUAUAAAAACUUUUUUGAUUUGUGUCUAUUAAAAAUAAAACAGUUGACAACCGAAAGUGCGUGUAUUAAUACAUUUGUGAACGCUAUCUAUCCGAUUAAAAAGCGUACUCGUUUUGCCCCACAGCGUUUCCCAUCUUACCCCAGUUAUGGGGCAAAACGGGAAAUUUGCCGAGUUUAUUUUUUAAACCAGCGCCCAAGCCGCACGCACUCCAACACAAAGAGUAUAUUUGUACACCCAGACUUAUUAGGAGCGACGCCGUACCUGCCUAACAGACAGGCGCAAGUGUCGCUAGAUAGACUGAAGCCAGCCUACGUGAUUAGAGAGAGCGACGACGUAGAUUAUGAUCAAUUUAGGUUAGGUACAGACUUGACGAGACAGACGGACAAACAAACGUACAUACAUGAGCCCACGCAGACAGAUUCCAAGCCGACAUCCGUUGUAAUUCCUAGAGCUGAAAAAUGCACACGCAGUAGUCGCAUUGUUAGGCAACCUGUGCGUUUUAUCUAUCUCAUCUUGCCCCAGUCUCCCCUAAUAUUGGACAUUGAUUCCAAUGAAGUAAGUACACCGUUUAAGGGCUUUGAAAGUCUUCCUAGGAAUUUGGUCUCCAGCUUAAAAGAAAUAUUGGAUAACGACAAUGUUUUGGGCGAUUUUGUAGCUAGGAAGCCCAUGAAGCCAUUCCUAAGUAAAAAGCUGGAAUCGCAGAUAUUCCAACAGUUUGUUGAUGAGAGGCUGGAACUUCUCAACUCUGGAAGGAGUAUUCACGACGAGUUUGAAGAAGAGUGUAAUAUCUACAGUGAUGCUGAGGACAUCGCACAAAACCUUGUCGGCGUCACCGAGAAGUUUUAG